AUGGCUGAGGGCUUGAUUCAGCAGCAACCAGAAGAAAACAAACAAAUGGAAGAUUUGGGCCGUGACAAUUUUCAAGAAUUGGUGUCCAGGUCAUUAUUUCAAAAAUCAAGCAAAACAGAGUCGAAAUACAUAAUGCAUGACCUGGUUACUGAUUUGGCACGUUGGGCUGCAGGAAGCUCAUGUUCUAGAUUGGAGGAUAUGCAGAAUUAUGACUCGCAACAUAGAUGUUUGCCCAAGGUUCGUCAUUCAUCUUACAUUCCUGGUUGGUGUGACGGGGUUAAGAAGUUUGAGGUCUAUUCUGAAGCUACAUGUUUGCGAACGUUCUUACCACUUUCACUUUCAGAUUAUAAUCAUUUGGCUCAUAAGGUUACUUCAGACUUAUUGCCCAAACUUCAAUACUUACGAUUGCUCUCUUUAAAUGGAUACCGAAUAACCGAGUUGCCGAGUACAAUCAGUGAAUUGAAGCAUCUACGGUAUCUUGAUCUCUCCCACACUCGGAUAAGAAGUUUGCCAGACUUGACAACAACUCUGUACAACUUGCAGACAUUGUUAUUGAAAGGGUGUUUUCGUUUAAAGGCACUGCCCACAAGCAUGAGGAACCUAGUUAAUUUGCGUCAUCUCAACAAUUCAGGUACAGAUUCAUUGGAAGAAAUGCCUCCUCAGCUUGGUCAAUUGACUAACCUCCAAACAUUGCCUGAGUUUGUUAUUGGCAAAGGUAGUGGAUCAGGAGUAAGAGAGAUUGAGUCAUUAUUGCAUCUGCAAGGGACAUUGCACAUCUCAAGACUAGAAAAUGUGACUUGUGUCGAGGAUGCCAGGAGUGCCAACUUAAAGAGCAAGGAAAGGCUUGAAGCCCUAUUUCUUGAAUGGUCUUCUUCGAGUGUCUCAACAGAAGAUGCAGCAAUUGUGCUUGACAUGUUACAACCUCAUAGCAAGCUCAAAAAGCUCACCAUCAAAG